GCUGGAGUUUCUCCACUGUUUCCGGGAGCAGAUCAUACACAAGGACACACAGCACAGAUCACACAGAGCUGUGGAGCUGAGGAGCAGCCAUGGCGCGGUUUCUGAGGACUAGUAUACGGGGCUAUUAUAUGAGCCAGGUCCGGCUGAACUCUGAUCAGCUUGGAGAGUUGGGGAAAGGAGCUGGUAAAGGUGGAGGAGCCGGAGGGUCUAUAAGGGAAGCUGGUGGAGCUUUUGGAAAGAAGCAGGCAGCUGAAGAAGAGCGGUACUUCAAGCAGAAGGAGAAGGAGCAGAUGGCCGCUCUAAAGAAUCACCACAAGGAGGAGAUCGAGCACCAUAAAAAAGAGAUUGAGCGUCUUCAGCGUGAGAUCGACCGCCACAAGGGCAAGAUCAGAAAACUCAACCAUGACGACUGAGCUGUGCCACCACAGCACUCCUGCGUAUCACUCGGUUUCUGCCAAAAUUCACUCAAUGCCUGUUCCCACGAGCAGCUCCCUCUUACUAAUUUCUUGUGGUAAAUGGAGUUUAUGGAAUCAUUAAUAAAGAAUAUAAAGAGUUUUCAAAAAGG